GGUUUUAGGAUUUAUUUCAAUUUGCAUCGCAGUUAUUUUCAGUUUUGUCAAUUUGGCGGAAUUGAUUUCAUACCCUCUGAAACAUUUCAAAUAAGUUUUGGCAUAAAGAACAAAACAAAUUCAAUAUGAGCUCAAAAUUAACACUAACAAAAUGCUCAAUUUUAAUUGCAUUAUUUUCCGCUGCAACUGUCAUCAAAGAAGUGAAUAGUUAUAAAAUUUUGGGUAUAUCAAUUUUCCCGAAAAAAUCCCAUUUCAUCUUCUUCAACGCGUUGAUGAACGGUUUAGCAGAAGAUGGAAACGAAGUCACUUUCUUAACCCCAUUUCAAUCAUACGAUCCGGCGAAAAAUCUGCGGCACAUUCGCUUUAAAUUCCCCAGUUCCAGAGAUAGACCGAUUCACUCGACACUGGAUAUGAACGGGUUGAAUUGCUUUGCAUUCAAAAAUGCGGCGUAUAAACUGAGCAAUGCAUAUGCUGGUUGGGCCAUGCACAGCAAACAAUUCCAAGAAUUCCUACAACAGAAUGAACGCUUUGAUGUUGUGCUUGUGCAAGCGUUUGUAAAUGAAGCCGUUUUGAGCAUAGGGCAUUAUUUCGAUGCACCAAUCAUUGCAGUUUUUCCGUCCGCACCAAGUAAAUGGACUAGAGAUUUGGUCGGUGUGCCAAAUUUAGCAUCUUUUCCACACACAUUCACCGGACUCACCGACAAAAUGAACUUUUGGCAACGAACGUACAAUUCGUUGUGUUAUUUGUACGACGAUGUGAUGAAUCCAUUGCUUUAUGCACCUGUCCAACAGAGAAUUCUUGAUUCGAUGUAUCCAAAUGGUAAAACGAUGCCAUCACUCGAAGUGCUGAAACGGAAUGUUUCACUCGUUCUGUAUAAUUCUCAUCCCGUUUUGGAAACUCCGACGCCAGCCCAACCGAAUAUGAUUCCAGUAGCCGGAUUAUUUAUCAAAAAGGGAACACCCGUUCCACUUUCAAAAGAAAUGGAUACUUUUUUGAAUGAAUCGAAAGGUGCUGUUUAUGUAUCAUUUGGAUCUAACGUUGAUUUUUCGGAAUUUGUUCAAAGCAAAAAGGAUGCAAUUAUCAAUGCUCUUAAUGAGUUCCCAGAAUUUCGCAUCAUUUUUAAAUCGAGAGAAAAAAUAAUAAUUCCUUCGCAUAAUGCCGCAAACGUGAUGAUACGCCCAUGGCUUUCGCAACAAACCAUUUUGGCACAUGAAAAAGUUAAGCUGUUUAUCACACAAGGAGGAACAUUAAGCAUCACUGAAGCGAUUCAUUUCGCAAAACCCAUCAUCGGCAUUCCGAUUUAUUCUGAUCAAACACGGAACAUGAACAUGGCAGAGCGCAGAGGCUAUGGUAUAAGUGUGUCAUAUGAAGAAUUGACAACUGAAAAACUUCGACUGGCAAAAGUGCUUACUGAUCCGAGAUACGCUGAGAAUAUGCAGAUCACAUCGAAUCGCUUCCGAAAUCAAAUCAAAUCACCACUUGAUACAGCGAUUUAUUGGGUUAAAUAUGUCGCCAAACAUAAAGGUGCCCCACAUUUACGCAGCAUCGCCAUUGACAUGCCGUUUUAUGUGUUUUACAAUCUCGAUUGCUGGGCAUUUUUGAUUAUUUGCUGUGUUUUCACGAUUUUUGCGUUCACAAUGACUUGCCACAUACUUUGCUUACGUCUUUCGAAUAGAAUUUAUCUUUUCAUUAAAUCGUAAUUCUUGACACAGGCUGAUAACGAAAACAAUAAAGUCGGUCAUGUUGUGCAAA